AGGGGCUUUCUGUGUUUUGGAAGCGCAGAUCUGGUGACUACGGAAUAUAACACCGUGAUAUUAGAUUUAAAUUAUUUGACGAAUACAUAACCUGGAAACGCCCUUUGUUUGCUGCAAAAAUGAUAUGAAAUGCAAUUUUGUCCCAGUGGUUUUAGAAAAGAAAAACUGAUGAAAUGGCACGUUCACUGAUAAGUAUGGGUCUUGCUGUGGGUAUGUUAGGGAUUUUAAUGUCCGGUCUUCAUACCUCAAAAGCGGAGUCGAAUUUCGAGAAAGAAAAGAGGUCCUGUCAUGGUGCUUUCGAUUUAUAUUUUGUCCUCGACAAAUCUGGAAGUGUCAAACACCACUGGAUUGAAAUUUACUCCUUUGUGGAACAUCUUGCAGAGAAAUUUAUAAGCCCAAUGUUACGGAUGUCCUUCAUUGUUUUCUCCACUCGUGGAACCAUAAUUAUGCCACUCACUGAGAAGAGGGAUGAUAUCACCAGAGGUCUAAAUAUGCUGAGGAGAGAAAUUCCAGGCGGUGACACAUAUAUGAACCUUGGAUUGGCAAAGGCAAAUGAGCAAAUAUAUCAUAGAAUGUAUGGGGCAGCCAGUGUUAUCAUUGCACUGACGGACGGCGAGUUAAAUGACUAUCAGUUUGUCACAGCGCAGCAAGAGGCUCGGAGAGCUCGGUCUAUGGGAGCCAUCGUAUACUGUGUGGGUGUGAAAGACUUUAAUCAGACACAGCUGGCCACAAUUGCGGACACCAUUGAGCAUGUGUUCCCUGUGAUCGGAGGAUUCCAGGCACUUGAAGGAGUGAUCGAUUCAAUAAUCAAGAAAUCCUGCAUCGAGAUUUUAGCAGCUGAACCGUCUAGUGUAUGCGCUGGUGAUUCGUUUCAAGUCGUUGUCAGGGGAAAUGGAUUUUUGCAUGCAAGGAACAUCAAACAGGUUCUGUGCAGCUUUAAAAUCAACGAUACUGUUACAUUGGAUGAGAGGCCUGUCAGUAUUGAAGACACGUUGCUCCUUUGCCCCGCACCGGUCAUAAAAGAGACUGGAAGGGUGAUAUAUCUGCAGGUCAGCAUGAAUGAGGGUUUGUCCUACAUCACAAGCUCAGUGCACAUCACCACCACCGAGUGUUUUGAUGGGACCAUCCUGCUCAUCUCAUUACUUGUCAUCUCUCUGUUGGUGGGUCUAGUGUUGAUGUGGUGGUUCUGGCCGCUGUGCUGUACUGUGGUCAUCAAGGAUCCGCCUCCACCCCCGCCGCCUGAACCUGACUCUGAAGAUGAAGAUGGCAUGCCCAAGAAGAAAUGGCCUACAGUAGAUGCAUCCUACUAUGGAGGAAGAGGAGUGGGCGGAAUCAAAAGGAUGGAGGUCCGUUGGGGUAACAAGGGCUCCACUGAGGAAGGAGCUAAAUUGGAAAAGCCAAAGAAUGCCGUAGUGAAAAUGCCAGAGCAGGAAUAUGAACCCUAUGAACCGAAAGCCAGACGGCCUAAUGCACACAGAUUUGCCCACCACAGAAAGUGGUACAGUCCUAUACAGGGAAAGCUGGAUGCUUUGUGGGCCCUUUUCCGUAGAGGAUACAACCAGGUUUCACUCAUGAGACCUCAGCCUGGAGAUCAGGGACGAUGCAUCAACUUUACCCGAGUGAAAGCAGAGGAGCCAAGGUCACCUCCGCGCAGCCACCUUUCACCUCCGCCGCCCCCUCCAGACCAUCAGCCACUAAUGCGGCCGGCCGUAUCUCCUCCGCCCACAAGACCACCAUCCCGUGGACCCUCCAUCAACCGCUCACCCCCAGGACCUCCACCGGCCCGAGCACCCCCAGGCCCCCGUGGACCCCCUCCAUCUCGACCCCCACCCUGCCCUGGGAACAGCCAUUGAAAACAAUGGAGGGCCUUGAGAAAGCUUGUGAUAUUUACUAGUGGCACUGGUUUCCCACAGUUUCAGAUUGUAGGUUUGUUGAUCUGGAUUUGAUCUGUUUAUUUGGAACGAAUCAAAUGUUCUGUGACUUAUCUGUUUAUGUGUUGACCAUAAGGUGAGGCUCUGCGUUCAACAAAAUGGUGGCAGAGAAUAUAACACGUGCAAAAUGGAUGAAAAGGGUUUAAAGCACUUAAAAACUUUUGAAUGUUAACUAUGGGUGUUUUCAUUAGCAUUUAGCAUGUGAAUUUGUGUCUGAAUGGAUGGAAAACAAGGUUGGAGAUAAACAACAUAAAUUAUUUUAUAGUAAGUAUGGUAUACAUUGUGCCCUGUUUUAGCUUUAAAAGUGUGGAGUCGCAAAAUUUUAAUUUUGUCAGGACCACUGUCCUAAAAUAUUUUAUGCAAAAUUUAAAGGGGUCAUAUGGUGCGAAUACGUGUUUUUCUGUGUCUUUGGUGUUUUAUAAGUGGCCCAUGCAUGUAUUAGACACGUAAAAUUGCAAAAAUGUAAGUGUCGAAACAGAAGAUGCAUCUAAAAGCGAAUGCUCACCCAAACCUGCCUGAAACGCUGAGUGUAACAACACCCCCACAAAUCUACGUCAGUUCGUGGUAUGUUUUGACUGAGACCGCCCAAAUGUAUUAAGGAAGUAAGGUGGUCGUACAUGUCAGUAAAAUUGCUUUGGAAAUUGAUAUUCCCAAAAAUACAUCGUUUUUUAACCUUAAAUCUAUAACAAACAAUAGUAUUCGUUUUAGCCGUGUCAUAUCAGCCCUUUAAGUUUGGCGGAAGGAAACUGUUCUGGGCAAACUCGGCACGAUUAAGAACCUGAUAAGGAGCAAAGGCGACUUAAUAGGACGAAGUCUAGUAUGUGUUGUAUGGCUAUUGGUCAAUGUUGAUUAGCUGAACCUGUAAUGAUUGGCUGAUGCAAGCUAAACUCACGUGACCUGCCAGAACUGACGCUAUGCUUGGUUAGAAAUUCUGAUGCGUUAUGACUGCAGGGCAGUACAAACCGCUUAUUUAUUUAGCCUUGUGUUCCUGGUAGGCACUUGAAUAUAAAAUGACAGGGUGUCCACCGGUGGUACACGACACAUUACAUGAUGUUUUAUAUAUUUUGUGCAUUUUGCUUGAUGAAUAAUUAAUAGACAUGUGUAUACAGCAAGAAAACAUUAAUGGGCUUUACAUCCUGUGCAUUAUCUGUAUGUGCUUAUCUACUUGAAAUCAUAUGUGAAUGUUAUUUGGCUUCAUUAAUAAAAAAUCAACCUUUCUCCCUUUCUUCUGAUGCGAGAAAAUCAAUAACAUCCUUUGUUUCAUGUAAAUACAGUAAUGAAAGCGUAAGUCAUAUUUCAUCCUAAAAAGAACUGAAAAUGCUUUUACAGUUCAUUAUAAAAUCAAUCUGUUGAAAUGUCAAACAACGUUUGACAUGUUCUUUGAAUUCUCUCUCACGCUUAACAUUUUCUGUUGAAUUCCUAUAUGUGGUGAUCACAGAUGUGCUGGGUUUAGUUAUCAAAAUUCUAAGCCUUCAUUAUCACAUGCAUAGUUUCCCUGUACAAUAAAAGUAUUGCAUUGCU